UCUGCGUACGAAGGUUGCUCUUCGUCUCUGUUUCAUAAAUUCUCAUCAUCUUCUGAGCUCACCUCUUCAAUCUCAUCUCAGCCCUGGUCAAAGGUUAGGUUCUUAUAAUGGGAAGCAAGGGUGGUCGAGUUCCGCUUCCCCAUCUGCGGCACCCUCUUCCAGGUCCGGGCAUGGGGCACCCCGACCCAUUUGGCCCGGGCAUACGCCCUCCGCCGGGCUCCUAUCCUUCUUAUGAGAUGUUGCCUCCACCCGAAGUUAUGGAACAGAAGCUUGCUGCGCAACACGUUGAGAUGCAGAGACUGGUAACGGAGAACCAGAGGCUUGCUGCGACUCAUGGAACCUUGAGGCAAGAACUGGCUGCCGCGCAACAUGAGCUACAAAUGUUGCACGUUCAGAUAGGUGCUAUGAAGUCUGAGAGAGACCAACAGGUGAGAGGCAUGGUGGAUAAGAUUGCCAAGAUGGAAGCCGAUUUGCAGUCAGCAGAGCCUCUUAAAUUAGAGUUGCAGAAAGCUCGAACGGAGGCCCAGAACUUGGUUGCUGCAAGGCAGGAACUUGUUUCCAAAGUUCAGCAAUUGUCCCAGGAUCUUCAAAGGGCACACACGGAUGCACAGCAGCUUCCUGCUCUAAUGUCGGAACUAGACGGCCUCAGACAAGAGUAUCAGCACUGCAGAGCUACUUAUGACUAUGAAAAGAAACUAUACAAUGAUCACCUUGAGUCACUCCAGCUGAUGGAGAAGAACUACAUUACCAUGGCACGAGAAGUGGAAAAGCUCCGAGGAGAGUUAAUGAAUCCUGCUUACGCUGAAAGAAGACCUGUUGCGCCUUAUGGUGGCACUCCUGGAAAUAACGAGAAUGAGGCUUCUGGUCACCUUGUUGGACAAAAUGCUUAUGAAGAUGCCUAUGGUGUUCCCCAGGGACGCACCUCUCUGCCUGCCGGCAGUGCUGGUGCUAGUGCUACUGUUGCUGCCGGAACUCCAACUUAUGGUGGAGCUCAAUCCGGACCUGCUCCUGCGAGACCUGGUUAUGAUGCACCAAGAGGGCCUGGCUAUGAUGCAUCAGGCGUUCCUGCUUAUGAUCCACAAAGGGGAUAUGGCUAUGAACCACAGAGAGGACCUGGUUAUGAUACACAAUUGCAGAGAGGGACCAAUUAUGAUGCACAGAGAACUGGAUACGAUCCACAGAGAGGAUCGGGUUAUGAUGUGCAAAGAGGAGGACCUGGCUAUGAUCCAUCAAGGGUUGGUAAUUAUGAUGCGCAGUUCAGAGGUGCUGCUGGGCCUCAUGGCCAUGUGACGCCCGCAAACCAUGUGCCUUAUGGGUCAGCAACACCACCAAAACCUGCUGCUCGAGGCGGAAACCCUGUUCGGAGAUGAGCUCCAGAGGCAUUGUCCUAAUAUUUAAGACAUCGUGAGAGAUAAUGUAAUUGUUAGAAUACUCUGAAAAAUCAAAAUUGGAUCCUUGAUUAACCAAAUCGUUUGCUUUGCUAAAGUUAUGGACUAUUUCUGGUCUCGGUGUUUGUUGUGGCCUUUGUCUGUAAAUGUUUUGGCAAACUCAGACGGUGUCUACAAAUGAAAAUCAUGUCAUGAUUUGAUCAUGUCAUGGGGACUUUUUUUUUUU